UGUAUGAACUUUUAUUAUGCAGGACAAAUGGUAUAUGAAUGAAGUCCGAAGAAAAGAAGCAUUUAAAGGAGAAUAAGGAACUGAAUACAAAGCACAUUCAGACUGACAAAUUACUGAAGACAUUCACUUCACUAAGAUUGGUGGAUAAAAGCAUACAAAAUGGCAGAGGGCAAUGACAUGACCAUCAACUUUCUUAUGCUUGGAAGAACUCAGACUGGUAAAAGUGCUGCUGGGAACACACUGCUYGGCAGCUACGACUUCCAAAGUCACCUCUCGCCAAGCUCCGUGACCACACGCUGCAGCCUGGGACGCAGCAGUCGUGUUUUAGGGAUUAUACGAAGGAAUGGCUGCGAGCUUGCUCUCCGCAUUCAAAUACUUGACACUCCAAGCUACCCCCACAGCAGCCUGAGCAAAGAGCAGGUACAGCACGAAGUGAGAAGAGCGCUGGCUCAACACUUCAGAGAGGGUCUACAUCUAGCUCUUCUGGUCCUGCGGGCUGACUUGCCUCUGUGUCCUGAUGACAAUGARCAGAUAAUUCAGUUCAUUCAGGAACUUCUGGGUCCCACAUGGAAGGAUUUCACUGCAGUUUUACUUACUCAUGCAGACAAGGCAGAAGAGGCUGGAUUCAGUGAGGAUGCUUAUUUGCACAGUGCCUCAAAUACUUUGUUAUCACUUUUAAGCUUAGUACAGCACAAAUACAUUUUCUUAGACAACCAGAAGAACAUAAUUAAAGAGGAAAGAGCUACAAUCCUAAGAAAGCUCUUGGAUUUUAUAAGAGAAAAUGAUCAUCAACGGCUUCUACCUAAACACACAAAGGGAUAAGCUUUCAGCUUACUGGAUGAAGUUCAAAGCCACCCAAAAAAUCCGGGAGACUAAGAAAUCCAUGUAUUUCAUUCCAGUGGUUAGAAAAGUGCUUACUGUUUCAGUGGUUAGACAGCAGACAGCUAAGUAUUAGAUGCUAAAACAUAUGA